AUGCCGCGCGCGACACCCCAACGCAUGCAGCGACCGCGCGUGAACGUCGCGCGUCGCGCGUCGCGUCCGUCGGCGUCGAACGCCGCGCACAGAGCGUCGACGAUGACUCGAGCGAGCGUCAAAGUCACAUUCCUUCCGAGCGACGGCUCGAGCGCGAUCGAGCGCGAGAUCACCGCGAACGAGGUCCUUCGCACGUGUGCGCUCGAGGCAAAGGCACCGUUGUACUCCGGAUGGGACUCGAUGAUGAACUGCGGUGGGUUGGGGAACUGCGCGACGUGCGCGGUGGACGUCAAGAGGGGCGGCGAGUUGCUGAGCGAGGAGACGGACGCGGAGAAGAGAAAGCGCAAGGCUGGGAAAUUGCAGGACACGUGGCGAUUGGCGUGUCAAUGCGUUGUGAAGUGCGACGAGGCGGCGGCGGGGACCGAGAUCGAGGUGGUGACGCGGCCGAAGAAGUAA